GGAUUUUUAGCCCUAACAGUUGUAUGUUUACGUCCCUAUGCAAAAGUCAACACUCUGUCACAUUUGAGGUUAGCAUCGUGUUAGCCCCCAUGUAACCCACAAAACCCCCAAAAUGAGUCUCAUCAAAGGCUCCAUAACCCCCGAAAACCUCCAGAAAAUAUGCAAACUAUGCCUCGAAGAAAAACACGCAAUUUUAAACCUCGACACCAUAAUAGAAUUCAAAGAAUUCGGCAUUUCUUCCUAUAGCGUAGCCGAAAUCUUAACACGAGUCACCAACCAAAAGCCCCUCUCUGACGACUUCGCCCCAACGAUAAUCUGCAACGACUGCCUCGGAGACCUCAAAACCGCCUACAUCCUCCUACUCCGCUACGAAGAAGCCAACAAAAUCCUCCAGGACUUCCUCACCAACUACGUGAAGAAAGAAAUCGACAGCGACGACAACCACCAAGACGUAGCCCCCUUAGAAACCCGAAAAACCCGCCACAUUAAAAGGCGGCGGAAAAAGCGGCCCGAAAUCGACGAAAACGAAAAAGUCUCACUCACGCGAAGUACCCAGCAUUCGUGCCCCAUCUGCACUAAAGACUUCACCGCGCUAGAAUUAAGAGACCACGCUCACACCCAUAAAGCUCUGAAAAAGUAUCUCAGUAUUCCCGACGAGAAGAAAGUCACCGCGACCACGAAGUUUUCAACGCGAAGACACUUAACCAACCCCCAGGUGACCAUCUUCGAACGGCCUGUUAAACUCCACAAAUGCCCCUACUGCAACGUGGAGCUUCCGGUGGACGAAUUCCGCGUCCACAUAGACACCCACCGCAAGCAAUGUGAAUACAAAUGUGAUAAGUGUGAGCGCGUUUUUAAGAGACUGAACCACUUGAACACCCAUCGGGUCAAACACUUGAAAGAAUUCCCUUAUAAGUGUGAGCAUUGUGGGAAAGGUUUUGUGAUUAAAACCAACUACGACUGCCAUAUGUUGACGCACACUAGUGACGAGUUGCCCCACGAGUGUCGCUUUUGUUUGAAAAGAUUCUCGAAUCCGGAGCACCUCAACCGCCACCAAAUUAUUCACACUGAAAAUGUGUCCUACUCAGUGAAGUACCGAGUGUGUAAGUGCCACCACUGCCUCAAAAGCUUCAAAGACAAGGAGGAACUCAAAUCCCACAUUUGUGUCCCGGUUGAGCAAACCGUCAACACUCGCUACCCUUGCAAAACUUGUAAAAAAGUCUUCAAGCAUUCAAGCGGUUUGUACAACCACAACCGCAACAUCCACAAACUCAAAGGAAGCAAAACCUUGUGUUCGGUUUGUGGGAAGUACGUGUCGAAUAUUUACAACCACAUGAUGCGCCAUUCGGGGGAAAAACCGUACCAGUGCAACCAGUGCGAAAAGCGAUUUAUUUCGAAGCCACAACUCAAACAACACUUGUUAGUGCAUUCAGGGCUUAAACCCUACGUUUGUAGCGUGUGCGCGAAGGCUUUUAAUAAUUUGUACAACCUGCAAGUGCACGAGAGGAUACACAAAGGCGAUCGGUGUCAUAUUUGUACAAUUUGCGGUAAAGGCUUCUUGGAGAAGUCAUACCUGAAAAAACAUAUGAUUGUGCAUGCUAAAAGUUAGGUGGACACGCCCCACCAUUUUAUCAUUGGUUGUUGUAAUUUUUUAUUGUCAUAGAUAGUUUUAAACUUAAAUGACGCGAUAAUAAAUGAAGAAGUAGUAGUUG